GCAGCCCCCGCCGCCGGGGUGCUGGCCGCGCCGCCCGCCUUCUCCUCGCGCCGAGCAGCCGCGGCCGCCCCGGGCUCCGCGCUGCUGCCUGCCCGCCCGCUGCUGUCGCUCGGGCUGCUGCAGCUGAUCUUGGGCUGCUGCAUGGUGGCGCUCAGCUUCGGGGCACUGUCGCUGAGCAGCUCCCCGCAGGUGAAGAACUCUUGUCCGUUCUGGGCCGGCUCCUCGGUGAUACUUUCUGGGAUCAUAGGAUUAACAACUUGGAAAAGGCCUAUGAUACUCCUGGUAAACCUCUUUGUGCUGCUCUCUGUGGUUUGUGUCCUACUAAAUCUCGCUGGAUUUAUCCUGGGCUGCCAGGGGGCCCAGUUUGUGUCCAGCGUACCCCGGUGUGAUCUGGUGGACUUAGGUGAAGGCAAGAUUUGCUUCUGUUGUGAAGAAUUUCAGCCAGCCAAAUGUACAGACAAAGAAAAUGCCUUGAAACUCUUUCCAGUUCAGCCUUGUAGUGCUGUUCAUCUUUUACUUAAGAAAGUCCUCUUCGCCCUGUGUGCCUUGAAUGCCCUGACCACUACUGUCUGCUUGGUGGCUGCCGCCCUCCGCUACCUCCAGAUAUUCGCAACCAGAAGAUCCUGCGUGGAUGAAUCCCAGAUUUCUACUGAAGAAGUGGAAGAACAUGGCCACAUCCCAGACCCGGAUGACUUUGUGCCUCCUGUGCCUCCCCCGUCCUAUUUUGCCACCUUUUACUCUUGCACGCCCCGGAUGAACCGCAGGAUGGUUGGUCCUGAUGUUAUUCCACUGCCGCACAUCUAUGGAGCUCGGAUCAAAGGCGUGGAAGUGUUCUGUCCUCUGGACCCCCCACCUCCGUACGAAGCUGUGGUGAGCCAGAUGGACCAGGAGCAGGGAUCUUCAUUCCAAAUGCCAGAAGGAUCAGAAGCUGCGGAGAGCCUGCUGGAACCAGUCUGCACACAAGGGACUUGUGGUGGGGACCUUCCUAACACACCUGGAGAAGAAAGCACAUCGAUUUCAACGCCCAGCUCUACCCUGGUGCAUCCUGUGAGAAGCCGGAGAGCCCUCCCAGCCCUGAGGACGAGGUCAAAGAGCGACCCUGUGCUCCAUCAUUCCGAGGAGAGAGCCGCCCCCGUGCUCAGCUGUGAAGCCGCGACUCAGACUGAACGGAGACUGGAUCUGGCUGCGGUGACACUGAGGAGAGGCUUGAGAUCAAGAGCUUCACGAUGCCGACCCCGGUCGCUAGUAGAUUACAAAUCUUACAUAGACACCAAGCUGCUGGUGGCGAGGUUCCUGGAGCAGUCCUCCUGCAGUAUGACCCCAGACAUCCACGAACUUGUAGAAAACAUUAAAUCUGUUCUGAAGUCUGACGAGGAGCACAUGGAGGAAGCCAUCACAAGUGCCAGUUUCCUAGAACAGAUCAUGGCCCCGCCGCAGCCCAGCACUUCCAGGGCCCACGUGCUGCCCUCGCGGAGACGGCCUGGCCUGCUGCACUUGCAGAGCUGUGGGGACCUGAGCACCUUCACCCCGGCAGGGAGGCCGCGGGCCGAGGGGAGGCCCCGGCGAGCAGAGGCUGAGCGGCCACAUAGCCUCAUCGGGGUCAUCCGAGAGACUGUCCUGUGAAGCCUGGAAGGCGAAUGGAAGGCUGCUCCAGGGGAGGAUCCCCUCCUCUCUAUGCCCUUUCCAAGGAAGUUUGGGGUCUCCCUUUGGGAACUCCUUAAAAAGGAGGGACGUUCUGGAGGACAUUUGUUUCCACUCUUUGAGUCCCUGUUUGCUGAUCAAGAGCAUUCAAGGGCAAACGCGGAGGGUCUUCCAGGCCCACUGAGUUUGGAUGCACCGAGUCUGAGUUGUAGAGGCGGCGGGCUAACCCUCCGCUGCUGGGCCUCAGCACGCCCAGGAUCCCAGCCCUGAUGUGGCAGAAACUGGGCAAAUGAUUCUUUGCCCACCUUACCCCUCGUCUCUGUUGCGAAUUCUUUCCCUCUUGGAAGGACAGACUGCUGGGCUGCUAUUUAUAGCUGCCCAUGGCCUUUUCCUGCUCAGUAAAUUGGCAGGAAAUGUGGUGAUUAACCCUGAUGUGUCCGCAGUCCUCACACCUCAUUUUAGGUCACCCUCAAAUCAUAUUCUCUUUAGGAAAAACAGAAAAUUUUUAAGUAACAAAUUUUAAUGAAAGACAUUUAAGGAGAGAAUUAUUAUUCAUUUAUUUAUGCUUGCAAAACUAGAGAUACCUAAGGCAGAACUGAGAAUAAAAAUGUUUACUUUGGACCUCUGGGCUUGGUGUG